CAUCUGCACACAAUAAGAUGACACAUAGCUGAUUCAAUAUCAGCAAAGUUUCCCUGCUUCCCUUCACUGGUUCCUGUGCAGCAGGGUCGGUCUUUGUUUCACUGUUAAUCAUUACAAAGCAAAAGCAGCAUGUGUAUACAUUCAGUAGGCUAUAUCUUCAGUAGCUAGCUAGCUAACCCUACACUUUUCAGGGUCUGAAUUUGGUUUUGGAACAGGGAAGAAAUGUACAUCUUUUUCCAACCUCUCCAGGUAACGAGUAUCAUUAAUACACGACGUGUCCCAGGCACAACAUUUAGCUCCAAAUCCACAAAACCAGCCUGAAAAUGAAAGAAGUCUAAAUCAAUGGAGCACAGCUGUGUUGUUUUCAGACCCUGAUCUGAGCCGGCCCAAUACUAUGCUAUGAUUGGUUAGCCUGCGUCUGGGGGAGGGACUUAGUAUAGGGUAAAUUGGUUGAUAAUCGGACGGAUUACAAACGCAAACCAUAACACUUCUGAUACCCAGAUCUUGUCCUGUUUUCUACAGAUUCUGCACACGUAUGCAGAAAUGUGUUUAUAGAGGUUAAUAAGAUAAUUAAAGGCUUUCAUUUUGAUCACUUUUGCUCAUCACACUCAGCCCUGUUGUUACAGCCAAUGUAUGGAGCACAUUAUAUGCUGCAAAGCAUUCAACAAGAUGUGGGCUGAGGCAUGAUGAGUAGUAGCAUUUCAUUCACUGUAAGUGCAGGGGUAAAUGCAGUCUGUAUAGGCGGCCCUUGAGUGUCCCAGCCCUGCUUUAGUGGUCACCUGUAAGCCUAUUGGGAUCUUAUAUGAGAUGGUGAUGGGCUUAGAUGUCACUGUUGGUGGUGGUGGGGGGGGCUGUUCUCUGUGCAAGAGUAUUAGUGGUGCUAAAAGCAGUAAUACCAUCACCAUGAAGUUGGAGUAUGAGGACGUGUUGCUUUAAAAGAAGAGGAGAAGAAAAGGUAGACGGAUCGAAAAGAGAGGGUUAAUCCAGGAGGGGGAUUUUUUAGCUCCUGAGGAAGCCUCACCGUCCCGACAUAGUUACCUGCAGACAGCAACACGGAUGCACCUUUAGGUUUUUAGACAUGUUUGGCAAGUUGAAAGGCCUCCUCAGUGGCCCACAGUUGCCAGCGGCUUCAGGGACCCCAGCUCCAGCUCCAGCUCCAGCUCCAGCCAAGGAGGAGAAGCCAGCAGCCGAUAAGGAGAAUGAGGACAAGAAAGUGGACAAAGCGCCGGACCCGGCUCCAGCUCCAGCUCCAGCUCCAGCUCCAGCUCCAGCAGCGGCCCCAGCUCCAGCUCCAGCUCCGGCUCCGGCACCAGCCCCCACAGCAGUUCCAGCUAACCCUGAUCAAGCCAAACCUGAGGGACAAGAGGAGGCACCUCCUCCACCUCCACCCAUCGUCAUCAACAAGUACUCUGACGAGCAGCUCAGAGCCAUCAUCAUACGCAUGAGGGAGAGACUGCAGCUCUACAAGGACAAAGUGAUUGAUCCCCAUGCUUCAUCCCCAGAGAUCACCCCUCCUGUCACACCCCUGCUGCGCAAAGACAACUACGCAGAGGUCAUAGAGGAGAGGAAAAGACAAGCAGAGGAGGACCGGAUAAAAAAGGAGGAGGCUGAGAAGAAGAAGAAAGAGGAGCAGGAGAAGAAGAAGAAGGAGGCCGAGCAGAAGAAGAAAGAGGAGGAGGAGAAAAAGAAAGCAGAGGGUAAAGAAGAGAAGAAGGAGGAGAAGGACAUAAAGACCAAGCUAAGAGAAGCCACCUGGUACGCAGUGGACACUGUGCUGAAGCCAGUCGAGGACAUGAUGGACCCAGUGCUGGGAAACACCAUGGACCCCUUUACAGACCGCCGCUACAUCGCCUGGCUGAGCUUGGUGACUCUGGCCUUCAACUACAACACCUGGUUCAUGACGGCCCGUCUGUGUUUCCCAUACCACACUGAGGAUGCCAUCCCUUAUUGGUUUGCCCUGGAUGUGCUGGCAGACCUCAUCUACCUUGUAGACUCCUUCAUCUUCCAGUCACGCAAACAGUUCGUCAAAGGAGGAGACAUCAUAAAAGACAGAGCCAUGACGAGGAAGAACUACAGAGAGUCGGAAAGAUUCAUGAGCGACAUGGUCUCCCUCAUCCCGUUCGACCUGCUGUACGUCCAGUUUGGCUUCAAAUCCAUUUUCAGAGCCAAUCGCCUCCUGAAGGUAGAUACGUUUUUUGAGUUCAGCGAUCGUCUAGAGAGCAUCAUGGCCAAGGCGUACAUCUGGAGAGUGAUUCGGACCAUCGGCUAUCUCCUCUUCAUGCUCCAUAUCAACGCCUGCUUCUAUUACGUGGCGUCAGACUACCAGGGCAUCGGGACAACUAAAUGGGUCUACUCUGGUCUGGGCAGCGCUUACCUCAGCUGCUUCUUCUAUGCGGAGAAGUCCCUGCUGAUGAUCGCUGAGUUGCCAUUUCCAGAGACCAUGUUCGAACACAUCUUUCAGAUGACUAACUACCUUUUUGGGGCAUUGUUUAUGUCCAUCAUUCUCGGCCAGAUGAGAGAUGUCAUCGGUGCAGCCACAGCAGGACAGACCUACUUCCGAUCCUCCAUGGAUGGCUGUGUGGCCUACAUGGUGAACAACCGCAUCCCCUCUUUGGUUCAAAACCGAGUCCGCACUUGGUACACCUACACCUGGGACGCUCAGGGCAUGCUGGAUGAGUCCGAGCUGCUGGAUAAGAUGCCUCUGGUGAUGAGGACUGCCAUCGCUGUUGACAUCAACCUGGCCACCUUUCAGAAGAUUGAUCUUUUCAAGGGCUGUGACCAGCAGAUGUUAGUAGACAUGUUACUCAGGCUGAAGUCUAUUAUCUAUUUACCUGGAGACUUUGUCGUAAAAAAAGGGGACAUCGGUAAAGAGAUGUACAUCAUUAAAAGUGGAGCGGUGCAGGUGGUGGGAGGACCUGACAACAGUAUUGUGUUCGUCACACUGAAGGCUGGUUGUGUGUUUGGAGAAAUCAGUCUGUUGCAGUCGUCCAAAGAUGGAGGGAACAGGCGGACAGCUAAUGUCAAAGCCUACGGCUUCGCUAAUCUCUUUGUGCUGGAGAAGAAAGAUCUGUUUGACAUCCUGGUCCACUACCCAGAGUCUCAGAAAGUGUUGGCCAGGAAGGGAAGGAAACUCAUGAAGUCCAAGGGUCCAGCAGCAGCUAAAGCAGAAGAGGACAAGAAGAAAGGCCUGGCCCUGUUCGGACCCAAACCGCCCACACCCAAACUGCUGCGUGCUAUUGGUGGAAACGUGAACAGGAACAUUAUUGAGAAGAUGAAGGCUGCUGCUGGUGGUGGCCAGUGAGGACUGUAGUGGGCUUACUUUUUCUUAUAACUCCUUUUUGGGAGUGAAUGUACAGUUUUGUUUUGAACAUCUUACUACUCUUUUGUACUGAGUGUAUUUCAGGUUAUGUUAAAGUAAUGUUUAAAGCUGAUUACUUCUGUUAUUUCCUGGGGUCAGAUAUCUGGUUCGAUAUGCUUAGACCACCUGACAAAGCCAAGCUAACUGAGACAACAAGCAGAUUUAAACACCAAAACUGUAUUUAAAGAUAUAUUUCUAAACUAUUAUAAUGAGAUGUGCAAUAUUUAAUCUGUCUGAACCUCAAAUACGCUUGUUGUACCUUGUUAACUUUUGUUUGUCUGCUUUUAUUGGCUGUGUUUAUUUGGUUUGCCAGUGCACAGUGGUUGUAAAAGCCUAACAGAGAUGAUCUGUCAUGACAAUUGGUAACUGUAUUGUUCAUAAUGAAUUUGAUCAA